AUGCGUUUGUGGCUGUCAUCAUCGAUCCGAGCACGGGCACACCCGUGGGACGGGCACCGCCACAGCCCCCACCGCCGCGACGGCCAGCCAGCUAGCUCCCUCCCGGCCGCGCCCCCGAGGGUCCCGAGCCCAACCGCGGGCAAGCAGGUCAGCUCCACCCCCGGGAGCACCGGGUGCGGGUCCCGGCGCCACCGACCGCGCCCCAGGGGCUACCUUGGCGCAGGCCACUGCCGCUUACCAUCGCCUACCAGGUGGCCAUCGAUCCCGCCACCGGCCGCACGCCAACACGCCUCCCUGCGGCAGGAGGGACUGGCCUUCCCGGGGUCUCUCCCGACAGGCUCCGGCUUCCGCUCCCCGUGCUGGCCUCCGUUUCUCCGCCGCAGCAGCUGGGUCAGGGCGACAACGGACACGCAGAAGCACGCCUCAGCGAGGGGCCCAGCUGCCCAAGGCACAGGGGCCGUGCCCCCCACCGCCCAGGGCCUGUGGGCAGCCUGGCUGCCACCUGUCCCUGGCCUCCCCCCUCUCACUGGCUGCCCAGCCGCCAAAGGGCCACGCGCAGGGGCCAGCACUGCCCCUUCGCUGUCGCGCCACAGCGCCACCCGGGCCGCCCCCGCCGCCUCUCCACACCCUUCCCCCAGGAACCCCACCUCCCUCAGGCUCCCUAAGGCCCUGCCCACCCGCACCCCUCCCAGCUUCAGAAGAGGCCACCCCAACCCCGAGUCCGAUUCCGCCCCAACGCCCUCCCUGGGGCUCUCCCCCUCACCCCGAUGGGGAAACACCCUCGCUCCGGCCACCGACCCUGCCUGCCCACGCAGGCAGAGACACACGCGGCCCAGAGCGCUCUGCAGGAGCCUCAGCCCGGACCGCGGCCGUGCCCCCGCGGGGGAGGUCUCCGCCCCGAGAGCGGCUCUCCGCGGGCCCUGGACCCGGGGCCCCCACGGGCACACCUGCACUCCACCCCCGCUAUCCCCAGCACGCUCUCAGGACCCGGGCCAAACAGAGACCCUUCUGCUGGACCCUCCGGGACCCCAAGGGCCCUGGAGCCUGUGCAACACCCCGCAGGGCCGCACCUCGCCCUCACGGCCAAUGGCCAGGGGCGUCCCCUGCCGCCAGGCUCUGGGCUCGGCUCGCUCACCCUUCACCCUCCAGGCCCGCCACACCAGGCCCCCGGGUGCACGGGACCUGGCUCCCUCAGGCCGGGCUCCCCAGGGCACUCUGGGGACCCCGGAGGCCUGCCUGCCCCAACCGCGCCCCACGCCUGCUGCGUGUCCACCGCACACAACGCGACCCGCCAGGACGGCCUGCUGCCGGGCUCCCGCAACCUGCCACCAGUUGGGCGCUCGGGCCCCACGCGAGGCACACGCCACAGCCCCGCCGCCAGCACCGGAAGGCCCGCCGGGCCCCAUGGGACCCUUUCCUUUGCGUGCCACACCCUGGCACACCCAUGCCUCCCUAACUCCAGCACCAGCGUCUCCACGGGACACCCAACAGGCACUGCGCCCACCGGGACCCUCGCACCGAAACUCACGCCCCCUUCCGCCGCCGCCUGCCCCCCUUCCUCCACAGCGCACUCCCUCCUUUCCACCGGCUCCCGCCGCCCGGCACCUGCAGGGCUGGGCUCCAGGCCGCAGCCGUGGGAACACGGCCUCAGCCAGGGCAGGGGCGCCGCACGGCCUCAACGCCCAGCCCCGGGUGUGGACCCCUUCGCGGCCCCGGGAGCUGGCCGCGUGCUCACACACCUACGCCCCGCGGCCACCCAGGACCUGCCGGGGCACAGGCACCCAGCGCCCAUUCACGGGCCCGGGACCCCUCCGGCCUGCCUUCCACGCGCCUCCCAAAUCUCUGCGCAUAUCCCACACCACAGCCCACGCCACCCUGAAGGCACUGCCGCCCCGGGCACCCAACUCUCCCCCCCACGGGGCUGUGCGCACACUGGCCCAGGACCUCGGGCCCUCCUGCCCUUCUCACGACCGCAUUCCGCAGCCCGACUCGGGGGCACCGCCCGGGGCCACGUGGCGCCCCACCGCCUCCACCUCUCUGGGAAAGGCCGCAGGAGGCCCGGGGGUCCCGAUGCCGCCCAGGGACUCUGCGAGGGACAGGCACUGGCAGCCCUGCCGACCCCGUGAAGGCGCAGGCCAAGGCGUCCGACCCCGCCCAAACGGCCAUCACGGCAAGGCCCCCCGGCCUGCCUCCUCUCUCCCCACCAGAACCUGGGGCGGCAGCCCGGCCGAGGCCAAGACCCCCGCUGCUCACCCGCAACCUACAGACACCCUCUGCGCCCGACACCGCGGGCAGGACCCCGUGGACGCCUUGGAGCUUGUGCAAUCAACCACAUUCCUGGGGAAAGUGCAUUUGGGUCUGUUCCCCACCCUUGUUCCUGGCAUAUAG